AUUUACCCGUCUCUCUCACGCAAAGAAAGCAAUCAUAUUUUACCUCAGAGGGAAUCUCACAUAAACAGAAAUCUCGAUAACAAUAAUUACAAUCAUCCCUUCUCUCUCUCUCUCUCUCUCUCUCUCUCUCUCUCUCUUCCCGUCUUCAGUUUCAGGCAAAACCCUCCAUGGGGAUCCAAGAAAAGCUUCUCAAGUUCAAGGUCCACAUAUUGUUCCCACUCAUUCUCUUAGGCUUGCUGUUUUCUUUAGUCAUUUUCGCUCCAAGUUUCUUCACCCUUUUAGCCUACUUUUGGCCUCUGUUUCUCUCCACUGCUCUCUUCCUUGUCGCCGUCGUCUUCUUCGGCAAGCCGUCCACCUCCGACGCCUCCCACGUCGAACACCACAAAGCCGCCGCCGAAGACCUCCUUAAUUACGUUGCCGGCCAAGAUCAAACCGUACAACAUCAACACCCGGAAACUGAAGGUGAAGAUGAAGGUGAACCAGUUGCUGGAAGCUCUAGCUAGUUGAAGAUUUUGUGUGUAAUAAUCUCUUCUAACUCUCUUUUGUUUUUCGAAUGUUCUGAACUGUAGAGUAUUUGCGGCAGAAUAAAAAAGCUUAUCAUUA